AUGGAUUCGUUCGACGAUGACAUGUUCGCUCUCAGCGAUGAAGAAUUGCCGAUAUCAUCUACAAAAUGCAAUCCCGUAGAAGAACAUUUAAUGAAACAAUUGUUGGAUGUGCAAACCCGAAUAGAAAAGACAGCUAAUGAUAUAAAGGAAAUUCGGGAUGCAACUAGACAUAUUUUAAAAUCUUUGUACUAUCAAGCUCUGUAUGGAGAGGAUAUAACCUCAGACUCCGAUACUGACUUGUAUACUACAGAUGGACAACCAGUGGUGAAGAAGAAGAAACAUAAAGUUCAUCAACUCAAACAGAUAUUAGUUAUACAAAAUAGUUGGAAAUGUAUUAUCUCUGACAAAUGGGUUAUUGGAGUAGUACUAAAAAAUACUUCAAAAGAAACGUUACACAAUCCCCAGAUUUAUAUAUCUUUCAAAGAUGUUGAUGCAAUAAGUGGCACAUCAAUGUUUUGGUGUUUGAUGGACAGAACAUUUUGGUGUCGAACCGACAUAAUUCAGCCGGACAAGGAGGUGGUGGCUAUCGUUGCACUAGAUUUACCAAAAUUUGAUAAAGAUCCUUUCUGUGACGCAUACGGUACGAUUUCGUACGAAACUGAUGAGAAACAAUACCAAACUCCAGUACCUGUUAUCCGCCUCGCGGUGGAAGAGACGGUAGAUAGAAGUUGUGAAGUGCAAUUUUUGUCUGAGGUGAACAACAGUAUUUUAGCCUUAAAAAGCACAUCGAUUGAAAAAACCGUAGGUAUACAGAUUGAUAAAAACCCUGAAAGAGGAGAACGACUACUAAAAUUCUUGGAAGAAAAAUCUUUCAAAGAAAUCCGCGCCGACGUUUACUUUAUGAAGAGAACCGGAUGUCUGAUGUACUGUUUAAUAGAGAUACUGCCCAUUACCGACGGAGAGGCAAGGUUGAGAAUUUUUUCUAGAUCUAGUCAACAAAUGAACAUAAUAUUACGACUUUUAAGGAACCAGUUUCCGGACAUGAUCACCGAAAAGGAUGUUGACUCCGUUUUUGCUGCGACGGUUCUCAUAGAGGAAUUAAAAUUAUAUCUGGAAGAUACGAGCACCCCCGAGCGGCAAAUGGCAAGAAUAAGAACUGACCUACUUAUCCCGUGA